UGAAGAGGGUGCAUUGAAAAGUGGAACUAUGGUCUAUGGCCGCCAAGAAUUACUUUCUUCUUCCGUUUCCACGCAACACCACUUCAGCGAAUCUUCAUAUGUAAACAACUCUUUCCGCCAUUGAGAAUCGUUUCGUUGUCUGUCUAAGUAAGAGAAGCGUGAUUCUGGCCGGUUCAGUGUGUUCAUAUCGCGAUUGAUUCCGGUUUGAUGCUUCUGGAGAUUAAGCCUUCAAUUUAAUUCCAUCUUGUUAAACUUCACCUUUCGCCAUUCUUGAAAAUUGCUCCACAGAAUGACUGCUGGUAGAUCUGGAAGUGUCAAAAUGUUGCAAACUGGUGAGCCUCCACUAGCAAAGAAAGCUCGAAAGAAACAGGCUCGAGGAAAGGUGACUGCAACUACAAGAUUGACUGAAAUUCUGAAACCAUGUGUAUGGAAAGAAUUUCCAAGAGAUCUUUAUGAAACUGUGAUAGCAAGACUUCCCAUAACCACAUUUUUCCGUUUUCGUUCAGUUUGCAAGGAUUGGAAUUCAUUGCUGACUUCACAGAGUUACUCCCAACAGUGUGCUCAAGUUAAGCAAACCUGCCAACCUUGGAUUUAUGCCACCAUACCUGGAAAGGCUAAUGAUGGAGCCAUUUAUGAUCCGCAGUCAAAGAAAUGGUAUCAUCCACCAGUGCCUGCCCUGCUGACGGAGUUGAUCGUGGAGCCAGUGGCAUCAGCAGGGGGUCUCGUCUGUUUUCUUGAUAGUGAAUAUUUAACUUCCUACGUCUGCAACCCUGUUAUGGCCUCCUUCAAAGAGUUGCCAGCUAGGUCAGUUGAUUUUGGGGCCAUUGGGAUGACUGUAAAUGCGAGCUCUCCAAACGCUGGAUAUAAGAUUGUUUGCAUUAGUUGUGAUGGUGAGUAUGAAAUUUAUGACUCCGCAAAGAACUCUUGGGGUUGUCCGGGGAGCUUGCCCACAAAUAUCAAGCGUCCACUCAACCUGAAUAUCAAGUCUCAGGCAGUUUCUAUUGAAGGAACGCUUUACUUCAUGCAUUCAAACCCCGAUGGAAUUGUGUGCUAUAAUAUGAUGAUCGAGGUUUGGAAACAAAUCUUAAUCCCAGCUCCUCUACAUCUGAGUGAUUAUACAGUAGCAGAAUGCGGAGGGAAACUCAUGCUGGUGGGGCUUGAGAACAAUAUUGCUAUGACGUGCAUCAGCGUAUGGGAGCUGCAGAAGAUGACUUUAUUGUGGAAGCUAGUCGACAGAAUGCCAACCCAGUUUUGCUUGGAUUUUUAUGGGAAGCCAGUCGAAUUGGAUUUCCUGGCUAACAAAGGUUUGGUUAUGAUGUCGCUUAGAUCAAAACGUAAGUAUCGUCUGAUAACUUAUGAUUUAUCGAGCAAGGAAUGGUUUAAGACAGCUCGAAAAAUCCCAUCAUAUGGGAGAAAGAGGCCUUGGCUUGUAAAUGGCACUGCAUUUCAUCCUUGUUCGACAGAUUUGGUUUAGUUUGCAUGUAUAGGCUCUGAAUCCAGGUGGGUUCUUAUUUAAGAUAACCAUUGGAGAUCAUAUAGAAAUCCUUGUCUUGUAUGGAGUAAACACACAGUUGCUAAAUUGAAUAUAUUCAGGCAAUUUUAAUUGUUAUUUUCAGACAAUCUCUA